AGCAGGAACGCUGGAGGAACACGUGAUGAGCUCGCAGGCAGAGCAGAAGCUCAAAGUUCUCGGACCCGUGCUCGUUGUCUUCAGCGUCAUCGCAUCCAUCUACAUAGGCACUGUCAACAAUGGGUGGAAGUGGUUCUCGUGGCACCCGACCGCCAUGAUCUUCGCCUACGUGGGCAUGAGCGGCAACGCGGCGCUGAUCAAGAAGGUGGGGGGAAAGACCAACACGGAGAUCCACGGCUACGUCAUGACCCUCGCUGCCCUCCUAGCCUCCUUCGGAUGGUAUGUGAUCUACACCAACAAGGACAAGUUCGGCAGACCACACAAUGUCACCUGGCAUGCAUGGAGCGGCCUCGUGGUUCUUGGCGGCUUCAUUGUCAUGGCUCCCUUCUCCUACUUGGCGCUGAACCCUGAGAAUGGCAUGUACAGGACAAACUCGCAGAUCCGUAUGAUGCACAAGUGGGGAGGAAGGUUUCUGACGUCUCUCUCCUGGUUCACUUGCUUCCUCGGAUGGAUGACCAUGCAGCAGAACUUCAUCUCUCGCGCUGCCUUCGCCAUCCCGCUUGUCGUCUCAGCUCCCUACGUGCUCUUGUAGACUCAGAUACGUUGCCGACAGACAAGAA